UGCUGCGGCAGCUUUAAUGAGGGGUUUUCCAACACAAGCGUCAACGCGGGAACUAAUAGAGAAAUGCAUUUUUUUUUUAUGUCACAGAGUUUGAUCCAGGGAGUCCAGAUGGUUUCUUUAGUUGACUCUUGAAUCCAAUCAAGUGUUUUUUUUCCGUUAUACGGGACACAACUUUUAAUGAACUAAUGUGGCUGAACUAUUUCCCCGUUUUUCACCCUCCACACAGCGACCACGAGAGCAUCGAUUUGCUUUCAAAGCCAUACACGCCUGGCGUUCGUCAUAACGGCGCGUCAAGCCUAAUCGAUGGAAAGCACUCCGCGGCUGAAACGCCGAUCGGCGUGGUUCUGCUGUCUGCGCGUCCUGCGCUGCUCCACGUGCGUGCCUCCCCUCCCUCCGCUUCCCUCCCCGUUGACGGGGCGGGGGGGAGGGGGGGCUCAGUCAGAUGGAGACUCCGGAAAAGUCUCGCACUUCCGCGACACGGAUAAACCCAGCCGGGUUUUUUUUUUUUUGUCAGAGCGAGCGAUGCUCACGCUCGAGGAUACGUUCGCGGAUCCCUUGCCUGGCUCGAGGUGUUAACACGCAGACACCUGCCAGGUCGUUUCGAUCACCUGGGCCGGUGGUCAGCAUGGCUCGGCUGCACGGGAGACGCCGGGAUUGAAGCGACUCAACCUCAGUGAGGCCCUGCUAAAGACUGGGGAGCAUGUAAGAAAUGAAGACAAAUGAUGACCUAUGGAUUAAAAACUAUGAUGAAUGGACACAUCAGGACACACAAGCUCCUGUAGAUGAAGCUUGAGUUUUUUUUUUUUUUUUUUUGAGAGAAUAAUUUCCCUGCUCCUCUUUCUACAUGCCUGCUCUGCUUCUAUGUCAGUAUGUCACUAUCAGACUGUAAAUAUGGGAGCAACACCCAAAGGGACCACAGUUGCAGCCUCCACAGCUUGUCCACACCUGAGAACUAUGGGAAACGGCCAGUCAGGACGUUUUUUGACUUCAGGCACCCAAACGUGCCUGAAAAUCUGAAUGUCAAGUGGGUUCCCCUGUUGCCGCUGACUAACCUGCGGGGCAUCUCGAAAGUCAGACGGGUCGGUUUUCUCCUUGGCUUGACACUGACGUUCCUCAUUAUGGCUUCCUAUAUCCUGCUGUGGGACAAGAAAGGACUUCUUUACACCCCCGCACCCUAUCAGCUCAGACCUGUCGUCUUACCGACGAGCACAGUAGCAGCUGAAGUUUCCUCUGAAAAGAAUUUAAUAGGCAUGGAACUGCUGGUGAAGAUCAUCAGCUCCAAACUGGAAUACACUCCCAGGAAGGUGCCUGAUGAAAAGGACAUAAUUGAAACGGACUCCCAUUUGUUCUCUUUAAUUCCUCGCCAUUUCCUACCCAGCAUCAAGAGCCCUUGCUGGUAUGAGGAGUUCUCUGGUGAACUCAGCACUGAUCUGUACAAGAGGAACCUCUUUACUCUGCGCUCAAAGAGCUUCAAGACUGUGUGUGACCACCUGAGGGCCGACUUCAGCCAGCACUUAUACCACAGAGACGGCAAACAGUUUCGUCUGCGCUGCCUGCCGUACUUCUACAUCAUCGGCCAACCAAAGUGUGGCACUACGGACUUGUUUCACAGACUGCUGCUGCAUCCAGAGGUCAAGUUCAACACCAUGAAGGAGCCACACUGGUGGACCAGGAAACGCUUUGGUUAUAUCCGUUUCAAAGAUGGCUUCCAGGAACGUUUUCCUGUGGAAGAUUACCUGGAACUGUUUGACUUGGCAGCUCACAACAUCCAAGCAGGAGUCAGUAGAAAUUCAUCUGGAGACCACAGCGCACUCCAGCUCAUAACAGGUGAAGCCAGUGCAUCCACUAUGUGGGACAACCAAGCCUGGAGCUACCUCCGCAGAGACAGGGAGGAUACAGAGCCCCCGUUCCUGGCCCAGGACUUCAUCCACACAGUCCAGCCUAGUGCAAAAAUCAUCAUCAUGCUUAGAGAUCCAGUGGAGAGGCUUUAUUCCGACUACCUGUACUUUAAGGUGGCCAACAAGUCAGCAGAGGACUUCCAUCUGAAGGUCGUAGAGUCUGUGCAGCUGUUUCAGUCUUGCCUGUCUGAGAGGUCACUUCGUUCUUGCGUCUACAACACCAGCCUCUCCAACGCCAUGCCGGUGAGGUUAAAUUUGGGGAUGUACAUCGUCUUCUUACUGGACUGGCUGACAGUUUUCCAUAGGGAUCAGAUUAUAGUUCUUCGACUAGAAGACUACGCAGCCAACCUUGAAGUCACAAUCAAGAAAGUUUUUGAUUUUCUGAGUGUAGGUCCUCUGUCAAAGCGGGUGGAGGCAGCACUGACCAAACGGCCCAUGUCUAACACCCGGCGGGCAGCAGACAGGAACCUGGGCCCUAUGCUUCCAGCCACCAGAGACCUCCUCAGGGAAUUUCACCAACCCUUCAACCAUAAACUUGCCAGUGUGCUGUUCAACAAGGCCUUUCUUUGGAGUAUCACCUGAAGUGGCAUGAGCACGGAUGAAAUGUGGAUGGAUGUUAAUGAACAACCAUAGCGGGGAGCUAAAAGAGGGAAUGCCUGUUGAAAGAAAUGAAUCUACAGUGGAAGAAGUCAUACAGAGGUGUAUAGUUGUAUAUGGAAUUAUAGGAAGUGUUUAGGCUUUGUUUGUGAUAUUUAUUUUGCUUUUGAAAGAAUGUGAGUGACUCAUUAAAUCAAAGUGAUAAUGAUAAAA